UUGUUGCUGUUGGUUGCCAAUGGUUAACCAGUUGCAUCACCCUUGACUUUGUUUCACAGUGCAGCAAUGGCAGGAAUUCUGUCUUAUAAUAACAGAACCACCAAUCCAGCAGCGUUUUUCCAAUAUCGCAGUCAAACGUAGGAUCACGCUCCAAGGUAUACUACUACUAUCUUAGAGAGACUCAAGUCGCUCUUUUGUUUGCCGGCACACCUCAGGUCUAUAUAAUUUAAAAAUACCGAGGCAGGAAGCGAAUUUAUCUUUUUUUUGCGGUGCCCACACUCACCGGUCUCCCUCCGUUCGUGAGGUCCUGUUGCAUUGUGGGAGCAGCGGAAGUCGAGGAAGUUGUACAUUAGAUUGGAUGCGUUGAAGCUAAAAACUAGUGCAGAGCGAAAGGAGACGAGACGCCGAAAGCGUUAAAUUCGGAUCGGCGGAGAAAUAUCUCCCGAGGAAGAACUGAUUUCAAAGCGGAGCGAAAAAUCUGCGACUACUGACCUGCACGGAGUUUUAUAACCCAAAAUACUUCAUUAUGCAGUCGGACCGCAGGCUGGAAUGGCCACUUUGGGGAUGGUGAGAACGGGACCCAGCGGAGCCGGGGUGUUCUUCAUUUCGACACUCACCAUCAUCAUCAUCUUCAACACGGGAGCCAGUCAAGCGCAAAAAGGGGAUGGCUGUGGGAACACUGUCCUGGGCCCAAGCAGCGGCACCCUGUCCUCCAUUAACUACCCCCAGACGUACCCCAACCACACGGUGUGCGAGUGGGAGAUCCGCGUGGCCUCUGGGAGCAGGCUCCACUUCAAGUUCGGGGACUUCGACAUCGAGGACUCAGACUGCCACUUCAACUACCUGAGGAUCUACAAUGGCAUCGGGCCCAACAGGGCGGAGAUCGUGAAGUACUGCGGACUGGGUCUGCAGGUUCCUGAGCUGAUCCAGUCCAGCGGGAACGAGGUGACGGUCCAGUUCAUGAGUGGGGUUCACAGGUCCGGCCGCGGCUUCGUCCUCUCCUACUCCACCACCGAGCGCCUAGAUCUGAUCACCUGUUUGGACAAAGGAAUACAUUUCACAGAGCCAGAGUUCAGCAAAUAUUGUCCUGCAGGGUGUCUGACUGCCUUUGGGGAGAUUUCAGGAACGAUCCCCCAUGGGUACAGAGAUUCCUCGUCCGUGUGCCUGGCCGGCAUUCACGCCGGGGUAGUGUCUGAUGCUCUGGGUGGCCAGAUCAGCGUGGUCAGCAGCAAAGGCAUCCCCUACUACGAGAGCACACUGGCCAACAAUGUCACCUCCACCACCGGCCUUUUGUCCAACAGCCUCUUCACCUUCAUAACCAGUGGCUGCUAUGGGACUCUGGGGCUGAAGGCGGGUGUGGUGCGCGAGUCCCAAAUUUCCGCCUCCACCGUCUGGGAGUGGAGCGACGCUGAUGGCCAGCCCAGCAUGUGGGGGCCCUCGGGGGCCCGGCUGAAGAAGGCGGGACGCCCCUGGGCCGCUGCCCACAGCGACCAGCACCAGUGGAUACAGGUUGACCUGAAGCGGGAGAUGAGGAUCACAGGAAUUACUACUACGGGCUCCACCCUCAUCGAGUACCCCUUUUAUGUGUCUGCUUACCGGGUUCUGUACAGCCAGGAUGGUCAGCACUGGCAAACCUUCAGGGAGGCAGAUAUUGACCGAGACAAGAUUUUCCAAGGAAACAUAGAUUAUCUCCAUGAAGUGCGCAAUAACUUCAUCCCACCGAUCGAGGCGCGAUACGUGCGUGUGAGCCCCACCCAGUGGCAGCAGCGCAUUGCCAUGAAGCUGGAGCUGCUAGGCUGUCAGUCGCAUACCAAUGAGGGAACCUUCAGACGUGCUCCAGAGACAGUGAGACCCCGAAUCUUCCGUCCGUCGCCCCCAAAACUCAGCACCAACCCCCCACUCCAAAGCGACAAGACCACUCUCACCCCGGACAUUCGCAACACCACCAUGACUCCAAGCGACAGCAACAGUGUGGCGCUGGCGGCGGUGUUGGUGCCCACGCUGGCCAUGGCUCUGACUGCCCUUGUACUUGCCCUGGUUUGUGCCUGGCACUGGAGGAACAGGAAGAAGAGCACAGAGGCUGUAUAUGACCUUCCACAGUGGGACCGCACAGGUUGGUGGAAGGGCAUGAAGCAGCUUUUGCCCUCCAAGAUGUCAGAGGGGGAGGAGUCAGUGGUGCGGUACAGCAGCUCUGAGGUGACCCGUUUAAGAGGGAGAGAGACCGCCCCUGUGCUGCUGGCUGAACCCGCAGAGUAUGCCCAGCCUUUGGUGGGCGGGGUGGCCGGAGCCCUGGGACAAAGGUAUGCUGAGUCUGACCAAUAUGAUGCCCCGCUGACGGACAUAUACCACGCUUACGCCCAGCCCCUGCCCACCUCGGGGCCGGAGUAUGCCACGCCCAUUGUUCUGGACAUUGCCGGUCACCCGGUCUCAGGGCCUCUAGGACAGGUGUCCGUGUCCACAUUCAAAGGGCAUGGCCCUGCGCCCCUCCUCCCGCGGACAGACAGUGGCCGGUCAGGAACGCGCCCUCAGUAUGACACGCCUAAAAACAUGCCGGGACAGGCCCUGCCCACAGACGAGCUGGUCUACCAGGUCCCCCAGAAUGGUGCCCAAAAAGAGACUGAAAACAGCUGAGGGAAGCUCACGAUGGGGGUAAGGGGGACCGCGAGGGGGUGACCCCCAGCAGACCCCUGACUAGACGAGCGGGAAAACACCCACACUUGGAGUAGGGCCACAGGGGAUGACCACACCCCUAAAGGUGGCGGCCUGCUUGGGUCCUGCACGCACACACUGCCUCUAUUUAUGGUUUGAUAUGGAAUAUGUAUGCCCAUAUGUGCACAGAGUCCGCCUUUUACGAUAUAGUGCCAUUCCAGUCCUAUCACUGAAUCAUGAUAUGAAUGUUCACCAGGAGAACUCUCACUGCUGUGUCACAGCACAUACUAGACUAUAAUUAUUGUGUGUUUUGUUGUUUUUUUGUGUACAAUGUCAAACUGUGAGGACCUUUAAACACUUUGUUUCUUUCAUCCUUUCAUCCUCUCACACACCGAAAUUGUUUGUCCACACCUGAGUGCAUUGGACUCAGAGUGUGGUUCACGUUGGCUUUGGCAGCUUCUGUUCAGAGGGUGAAUGCACACUCAACCUAACAUGUUUUCCCAGACCGCCUUCAUUUCUGAUCUGUAGACUUAUAUUGCACCAUUUCUUUUGGCCUGUCAAAGGUCAGAGGUCAUGCUCAUGAGAGGGGAAUGGGUGCUCCUUGUUUCCUAUCACUUGUACCAUGGUACCAUUUGUUUUGUAUGUUGUUGGAAAUUUAGCUGUAUCAUGGCUGACAGAUGAAAGCAUGUCAAUUUGAAGAUAUUUUAUGUCUUGGAAAUUAUAGUGUCUAAUGCCAAAGUACAAAAAGUUAAUGGCUCACUAAUCCUUGUCACUCAAUUUUUAAAUGUUAUUAUUUUUUGAAAGCAAGACAUUAGUUGUUUUCAAAAAAUAACACUAUUUAGUUUUAUUCACUUUCAUCUCUUGCUGAUGAAAAAUGAAAGAAGCAUUUAACAAUGUGUGUGAGGCCACCAAUGAGGUGGAUGCAAAAUUUGAUUCCCAGAGGCUGGUUGCCAGGGUGACAAAUGGGGUUUCCAGGAAGCGAUUGCACUCAUUGUGAAGGAUAUUUCACCUAAAGUGACUGGUGCCAACGCCAAAAAAUCACUCAAGCCUCAUUUGUGUCAGGAGAAGAUACAGUUAUUAGUGUCCGUGCCAAACAAGAUACAUCAUUUAAUGACUGAUAAUUGACACAAUUUUCAGUGUUUUAUAUCCUGAGAGACUGGUAGAGAUGGACACAUAACACUUAAAUUCCAGUUUCACUUGCAUAACGGCAGUUUGUAUGCCAAAAUUAACUGGCGUGUUAGGCAGUCUUGUUAAAAAAAUUGUUGAUUUUUUUGUAUUAGAUCAAAUGUUGGCUAAAAUUGUUUGUCUAAUUAUGCAUGUAAGAAUGCCUACCCAGUAUGUGUUAGUGUUAAUAUGAUAUCCUUUCACAUGUAGGUGCUAAAUUAAUGAAAAUUGACAUGCUAGUGAUUCCACCAAAAUGUGAUAUCUGUGGUUAGCACUGACAGGGGUUCUGCAGCUGUAGAAACACUCAAAAAGUCAUGUUGGACUUAAACGUACGGUACAUAGAAAAACUAGAGGAUUGUUGUCACUGAUAAUGAUGGUCUUGACAAGCCAAAACAAAAAAAAAGAAAAAAGCAAACACAAAAAACACAGCUAAGCAGGCUAGUGAAUCUUUCCCUUUUUCCCUCUUGUCUUUACAUCUACAUUACACCUGGCCUUCUACCAGUGGCUGCACAGUUGGAUCUCAGCAGGUGUUAGGCUGGGGUUUCCAGUAGAGCUUACUGGUGUGCCAGGUGUCAGUGGUGUUCUGUGUAUGGGAGUGAGGAGGAACACAGAAAGGCCCCUGCUUCUGAGUGAAUCCCUUCACGAAUGUAUCUCCUGUUACCUCGGCAUGUGCUGUAGUCACUCUGUUUGUGUUUGCUGUUAUAAUGUGUAGAGUGUAUAGAGAAAAACGCCAUAGUCGGUUCAA